GUUUCCAUAGCAACAGAUUGUGCCAUAAUAUUCAAAUAGGAUCAAAAUUAGUUUUAAGUUAAAAUGCAAAUAUCUACCGUUCAACCCGUGUUUAAGUUGGAAUUAAACCACAAAGUAACGCCUGGCGUUGUUAUAAUAGCUAAAUACGAUGGAACUCAUCCUUGCUUGACAGCAUCCGCUGGAUAUGAUAAAAUCAUUAUACACCACCCUCAUGGCCUUGUUGGCGGUCGUGCACAGCGAUCAGAGGCACAUGCUGAGGUUUCUGAGCUUAACCUUAGCCAAGCUGUUAAAGCACUUGCUGCUGGACCACUUAAAGAUGACUGUACCAGAGACAUGCUACUUAUUGGUUCGCCUACUCAAAUAUUGGCCUACGACGUUCAUGAAAACACUGACUUGUUCUUCAAAGAAAUGCCAGAUGGCGUAAACGUUAUAAAUACAGUUAGAGUUGGUAAAAGCAGUGAAAUGUUAGCUGUCGUGGGUGGGAACAGUUCCGUGAUAGGUCUGAACGGAAAAGGUGAGGAAAUCUUUUGGAACGUUGUUAGCGGCAGGGUAGUUGCUGUGACCGUAUUCGACUUUGAUAAGGAUGGAGAAAAUGAGCUUCUAAUAGGUUGUGAAGAUUCAUUUAUAAGGGUUAUGAAAAACAAUCAAUUUAUGGUGGAACUUCCUGAAACCGGCUCGGUUCUCUGUUUAUCUCCAAUAUCAGAUGUUCGCUUUGCCUAUGGUCUUGAAAACGGUACUAUAGGAGUUUAUGAAGAAGGAAUACGUUUAUGGAGAGUGAAGUCAAAACAAAAUGCAGUAUCCCUGCAAAGCUCUGGCGAGUGGCUUGCAUGUUGUUGGACUAAUGGUCGUGUGGACUGGCGAGAUGGUACCGGCCGGGUUGUGAGAAGAGUUCAACUUCGAUCUAAUUCUGCAGGAAUGUUGCUCGCAGAUUAUCGCUCACUUGGCGUUCCAGAUUUAGUUUGCGUUUCUGAUAGGGGUGAAGUAUUAGGUUACCCUCCCCACCAAGAAAGCACAGGUUUUAAUAUUACCAAAAAAUAUGCAACGGAGGAAGAUCGUCUUGCUAUAACUGAGUUGAUGAACAAGAAGCAAGCCUUGAUGGUUGAACUCCAACAUUAUGAAGCAAAUGCUGCAAUGGACAACUCUAAUGCAGAUUUAGGACAUAGACCAUCAUCAGCCAUGCCUACCAAUACAAGACUUCAAGUUGCUGUAACUACAGAUUGUGAUGAAGGAUGCAUACAGCUUGCAAUUUCAACAAACAAUGAAACCAUAGUGCGAGCAGCCCUCAUUUUAGCUGAAGGUGUUUUUGAAACUGGUGAAACUUUAGCUUGUCAUCCUUCACGUGGGCAGCUACGCCCUAUACUCUUUAUACCACUCAGACCACCAAGAGAUGUACCAAUUGAUGUUCAUAUAAAGGCGCUGAUUGGCUAUCCUGAUAGUGAACAGUUCCAUAUUUUUGAAUUGACAAAACACCUACCACGCUUUUCAAUGUAUAAGUUGAUAGAUGCCUCUAUCCAAAAACAAAAAAUAGAAGGAAAUGUAACAUUUCACAUCACAGAAAGAGUUCAGAGGAUUUAUAUUUGGAUAAACCAAAACUUCCUCUUAGAGCAAGAUAUUGAAAUAGCAAAUGAGGAAGCCAAAGAUAUUAAUCUAAAUUUCAUCUGUCUUCGCGGUAAAAGUAAUUUACAGAUGAACUUUAGUGUGGAUGGUCAGGUCAAAUUAACAACAAAUGACAUUAGAUUAGCUGGAGACCUGAUACAGAGUUUAGCAACUUUUUUAAAUCUAACCAAUCUACAGACAUGCGCACACUUUCCGGUCGCAGAGGAAAAGUUAUGGGCUGAAAUGUUUAAUGCGAACGAGCACGGUGAAACAAGGUCGCGGUUGGCAGCUGAAAGCGCUGAGAAAGCUCAAAUGAUAACAGCUUUAUUGCCGGCUGCUAUAGAUGCUGCCUCUUAUGACAUAAAAGAAAUGUUAAAUCGAUAUAAAGAAGUUAUGCUACUUAAUGACGAAUUACUAAUUGGAUGUCACGUGCGACGAUCAUCACAGGAACAAACAGUAACCUCUUUAAAAAACCUUCAUGGUAUACUCCAACAAGCGGCGAGGCUUCGUGUUGGUAAAUACGGAAAAGCGGUUGUAACGGCGUGCAGAAAAGCUGUUCAAGAUAAUAAUACAGAGGCACUUAUUAAAAUAUUGCGUGUUGGAGAUUCUUAAUUAAUAAUACCACAAAGAUAGUU